UUAGGGCCGAACCCGCGGCAUAUGGAGGUUCCCAGGCUAGGGGUCUAAUCGGAGCUGUAGCAGCUGGCCUACGCCAAGAGCCACAGCAACUCGGGAUCCGAGCCUCGUCUUCGACCUACACCACAGCUCACAGCAAUGCCCAAUCCUUAACCUACUGAGCGAGAUCAAGGAUCGAACCGGCAACCUCAUGGUUCCUAGUCAGGUUUGUUAACCACUGAGCCACGACGGGAGCUCCCACCAGUUAGAUUUUUAACUUGCUGAGCCACCAGGGAACACCCAAGACACCUUUUUUUUUUUUUUUUCCAAGUCACAUAUAACUAUUAAUUUAUUCCAGUUUAUCCCAGUAUUCUCUAAAAGUAUUAUAUUUUGUGAAUAGGAAAAAGACUGGAAAGCAGUGGCUUGUAUUUUAUUUAUUAGUAUAGACCCCAUUAGGUUUACGUAGGCUAAUGUAUUGACCGGGUCACCUACCCAUUACAAGCCUAUUAAUGUCUCAAUCAGCUAAUGGAGAAAGCCUCUUCAAGUAAACUCCAACACUGCAACUCAGUUUUUUUCAAGUGCAUUUUACUGGCUGCAAACAGCUUCCAGAGCUGUUUUGUAAUGUACUUUGGUAACGACUUCCUGAAUCAGCCCCCCAGGUGGUUGCUCCUGGGCAAGCUUGAACCUAACUUUUCUCGCAAGCUCCUAAAAGAGCAGAAUUGCUUUUGCAAGCCUGGGCAACCAAGUCUUGACAGAAAAAUGCAAGUAAGUCUGCAAACUUUUUCAUUCUUUUCUGUCGUCCUCUCAGCUCCAAUAAUCUGGGUCACCAGAUCCGAUCUUUGCUCAUUAAAAAAUGAGUUUGGAUAAAACCGCUUAAUUCCCUCCCCGCAGUGAAAUCUGCUAUUGCAAAAGCAAUGACCAGCCAGAGAGAACCAUGUCGGAGAGGACAUGUCACCCCCCUCCCCCAAAUGCAGCUAUGUUCAGAAGACCUCUAUGUAGGAAGUAAGACUAAUACUUAGUUCCCAGAAAAUUAGGUGUGGUUUUUUAAUGAGCUCAUCCAGGGAGAGGUUCCAUGUUUCUAUUUUUAAAAUGCUUAUAAAGAUCAUCCUUUGUUGCUCAAAGACAACGGAUAGAGCGAGACCGUCUCACUUUACAAGGAGAGGCAGCUACUCGGCCAAUCCAGUUUCCAGAGAAAAGACUAAGGGAGUUGAUACUUCAGUUUCAGCCGAGACUAGGAUAAUCUGUUCCUGAACCCGGGCCAAAUUCCACGGAGUCCGCGUCCGGGCUUCGGCCGAGUCAGGGCGGCAGGGUCGGUCCCAGCUCACCCCCACCUGCAAGCCCAGAAAAAGCCCAGUCCCCUGGACCAGGCGGGUGGGUAGUCCAGUCACCUGGAAAUGGCACACGGCCCACGUGAUUCUUGUCGCCGCACUCUAGUGUUUAAAAUAAUCUGGGGGGGGGGUGUGAUCUAAUGUCCUCAAUCAGUCGUCACCAUUUUUUUGGUUUGUCGGGCUCACUUUUACUAACAUCUUGGACGCCCGUCAAUCACCUUGUUAACCAUCAUCUCUGCGGGACCAGAAGCGUGGGCCUUGCUUCACAUCUCAGUUCAGCUCACCUGGGUCCUCCAGUAAUUCUCAUAGGACUUCCUUGGGUGGGAAUCGCAAUUCACUUUCCACAAGAGAAACGUGGAGAGCCUUAGAGCGGGUCCGCUGCAGCCUUGAAACUAUGUGUGCGUGUGUGCGUGCACGCGCGCGGCGCGCUUGGGUACUGAAAAGAGACGGAUGUGGAUUCCGUGAGGACGUUUGAAUCUGGGCUCUGUCCCGCGCGUCCAACGUCCGGGUCGCUAGGAUACAGAGCGUGUCUGCUCUACUGGACCUUUCUUUCUCCCGGCUGUCUUGCAAAAUAUCUUGAUACUCCGGAAGUAUUGGCGGGGGCGACUCUCUGGGGAGCUGGCCAGGGAUGGAGUACAUGAGCACCGGAAGUGACAACAAAGAAGAAAUCGACUUAUUGAUGAAACAUCUGAAUGUGUCCGAUGUAAUAGACAUUAUGGAAAACUUAUACUCCAGUGAAGAGCCAGCAGUGUACAAACCCAGUCUGAUGACCAUGUGUCAGGACAGUAAUGACAAUGAGGAACGGGCCGAGUCUCUGCUUCUCAGUGGCCAGGAAGGGCCAUGGUUGUCGUCGGUCAGAUAUGGAACCGUGGAGGACUUGCUUGCUUUUGCCAACCACAUAUCCAAUGCUGCAAAGCGUCUAUAUGGACACCGACCCCAGGAAUCUGGGAUCUUAUUAAAUAUGGUAAUCACUCCCCAGAACGGGCGCUAUCAGAUAGACUCUGAUGUUCUCCUCGUCCCCUGGAAGCUGACUUACAGGAAUAUCGGCUCCGACUUCAUUCCUCGGGGGGCGUUUGGAAAAGUGUACUUAGCACAAGAUAUCAAAACUAAGAAGAGAAUGGCGUGUAAAUUGAUCCCAGUAGACCAAUUUAAGCCAUCGGACGUGGAAAUCCAGGCUUGCUUCCGGCACGAGAACAUCGCUGAGUUAUAUGGCGCAGUUCUCUGGGGCGAAACUGUCCAUCUCUUCAUGGAAGCGGGCGAGGGAGGGUCCGUUCUGGAGAAACUAGAGAGCUGUGGACCCAUGAGAGAAUUUGAGAUUAUUUGGGUGACAAAGCACGUUCUCAAGGGACUUGAUUUUCUACACUCGAAGAAAGUGAUUCAUCACGAUAUUAAACCUAGCAACAUUGUUUUCAUGUCCACAAAAGCUGUCUUGGUGGAUUUUGGUCUAAGUGUCCAAAUGACCGAAGAGAUUUAUUUUCCGAAGGACCUCCGAGGUACAGAGAUUUACAUGAGCCCGGAGGUGAUCCUGUGCAGGGGCCAUUCGACCAAAGCCGACAUCUACAGCCUGGGGGCCACGCUCAUCCACAUGCAGACGGGCACCCCGCCCUGGGUGAAGCGCUACCCCCGUUCCGCCUACCCCUCCUACCUAUACAUAAUCCACAAGCAAGCGCCUCCUUUAGAAGAUAUAGCUGAAGAUUGCAGUCCAGGCAUGAGGGAGCUGAUAGGGGCCGCCCUGGAAAGGAACCCCAACCACCGGCCCCGGGCAGCAGACCUACUGAAACACGAAGCCUUGAACCCGCCCAGGGAGGACCAGCCGCGCUGUCAGAGUCUGGACUCUGCCCUCUUUGAGCGGAAGCGGCUGCUGAGCCGGAAGGAGUUGGAACUUCCCGAGAACAUCUCGGAUACUUCGUGCACAGGAAGCACUGAGGAAUCGGAGAUGCUGAAGAGACAGCGUUCUCUCUACAUAGACCUGGGGGCCCUGGCUGGCUAUUUCAACCUUGUCCGGGGCCCACCGACACUGGAAUAUGGCUGAUGGGUGGAGUUCUGGGCCCUAAAGUAUGACUCAGCAUUUACUGAACUCUGGGAAGCCGGCUCUGCUGAGUCUGAACUGGGGUGCUGUCCAGUGGAUUGUGCAUUUCUUGGCUGGGCUCCCAUGACGCAUGAAUGUGACUCCUCACUGUUCCUGUGUGUUUGAUUUGUGAAGCUGCCCCGGGACCCACAGGGCUGAAAAGUUCUCAUUUCUCAGGGGGUACAUCCAACUCAAAGGAAGUCGAGAGUUCAUGGAAGGAUCAAGAACUUCUGGGGACCAGUUCCAUUCACUGUGCACUUUGUUCAAAAUUCUAAAAAAAAAAUGCCCAUCACGGGGAUCCUGUAUUAGCCUAAAGUGACUAUUCCUGGUUCUCAUUGAAGAAUGGGAACUUCACUGAACUCAGAAUAGUCUUGUGUAUAUUGGUGUACAUCGUACUAAGUCUUUGAGCCUUUGUCAGUAAAUUCCAAUCGAAAUGAAAGUCUUUAUAUUCAGAACAACUUGAAUAUUGUAGCAAUAAGCUGAACUAGUGUCUUAAAAAAUGGCAACUGACUUCUUGGGUGCCAUCCAACAACAGACCACUAGUGACGGGUUCUAUUAUGUUCCUAUGGAAACAUUUCGUACUGUACACGCUAUGCUUCAAACAUUUAAAACGUGACGUUUUGAAUGUAGAUAAAACUGUGUUAAACCACAUAAUUUCUGUACAUCCCAAAGGAUGAGAAUGUGACCUUUAAGAGAAAUGGAAACCUUUAUAACUUCUUCAUGAUGCUCCUCUGAGAAUUCUUACGACUCUGUUCUCACUCCAGCAUUUGUAUAUUAAAAGGGCAUACUGUGUAUGUUUUAUAUCAAA